CAUAAAUAUGCGCAACGGAUAAGUCGAAGUUCCUCGAGCUUUGGCUUCCGGUUCUUCUUAGGCUUCACAGCUCUAGCUUUGGCGAGGACUAAUAGAUGGUAAUGGGCAUCGGCUUCUCAUGAUCAUAAAGGGGAUAUUCAGGAGGUAUGAAAGAUGGAAUCCAGUGCACCCAACGCUGGGUUCAUUUUGGGGCAUGGGGAUUGGAAUUGGUUGUGGCGUUGGAUGGGGUCCUGGGUUUGGUCCAGAGGUAGUUGGCUAUGUUGGUGCCGGCUGUGGUCUGGGAUUUAGUGUUGGUGUUACUCUGGCUGGGAUUGGGAUUGGCCUUCCAGUGAAUGGAGUCGAUCAAAACCCACACAAUGGCUUUAUAACCAGCAGUGGUACUUUGGAACUGGCAAGAUCUAAUGCUCUUUGGAUGAUGAGUAGUGUGACCGUUGGUUUGAGACAUUUAUCUCCAUGUAUGUCAUUCCUGAUGAAGGAAACUUUUGGGCGCCUUUCAAGCUUAAAGUAUAAAGCCUCAUUGCUUCAGCCCAUUGAACUAAACAAGUUGAACAGAACCAUUUCAAGCCAUGUUAAAUCAACAGUUGAAUCUUUUCAAGACUUCAGAGAUCAGGGCUGGCCUCCUGGGCAAGGUAUAAAAGCUUUUCUUUGUAUGCUGAUGUAAAAUUUUCAUAAAUUU